AUGACCACCUCCAGUAGGACGAAUUCUGCUACAUCCAGGGUAAACUCCUUGGUCAAAAUAUUUGAUCCGAGUGCUUUACAAAGCCAGGGGCUUGCUAAUGAAGUGGAAACCACCCAAAUUCCUCUUGCUGCAAGCAAACAUGUCAGCUCCUCUGAAAGUUUUAACACGUUGGAUGUGAAGUUUGCCUCCCUCGGUCAGAAAAUAGAUAAGUUGUUGACUGUGCAGGACAAUGUCCUUCAGACGCUAAACAGUGUUUCCCAGGAAAUGUGUUGCAUUGAAAAAGACAUUGAGAUGUUAAAGGCAAAAGCAGCUGAACCUGGACCCACCACAGAAACAAGUGAAAAGCUAAAUAACUCUGAAAUGAAGGGGCUGUGCAUAGAAAUGACCAAUACCCUUUCUGACAUGAACAAGAGUGCAGAGCAGCAAGCUAAAAGAUUAGAUGGAAUGGAACAAAUAGUGCUGGGGUUACAGGAGCUUAUAGGGUUUGUGGCUGAGAAGUUUAAAACUUGUAAAAUCACGGAUUUAAUUCUCAAAAACAAAGCUCCUCCUAAGCUUGUCAAGGUUGGCAGUUACUUCAAGAAAUAUAAGGUUGGAAACAAUUCCAGAAUGAAGACUUUCUCAGACAAAAGGGAUACGGGCACGUCCAGCAACAGAAACGAAAAGGCCAUCAGGGAUCAGAAAGAAAAGGAGAAGUCAUGUUUAAGUGCGAAGGGAACAAAGUUUAUAAAAAAGAAGAAACCACCCGAUUCCACAGAGGGAGCCAACCAAGAAAACCAGUCCUGCACUCACAAAGAAACGGUCCAUAUGCUCAAUAAGGAAAAUACUGAAAAGGCAAGUGCUUUUUUGGUUCAAAGAAGUUCUCCCAAAUCUCAAGGGCCAAAGAACAAGGGAGAGGAUUUAGCUUUGAAAAGUCAGAAGGAACACACAAAGAGCUAUGUUCAAACAUCCUUCAGUACAAGAAAGAGCCAAGGAGCAGAGGUUGCUGUGGAUGACAUUAACCAAAGGAUAACAGGGCAAGAUGAAGAGAAGGAAAGUGAAUCCCUGGAAGGUGUGAAGAGGGCUGGUGGACAGCAAGUGCCUGAAGAAGAAAGGCAAGAGGAGGAAGAAGAAGAGGAUGAUGCUGGUCACUGUGAAGAAGAGGAGGAAGAAUCAGCAACUGCAUCCCAAAAUGAACACAAGGCAGAGGAUGAUGAGGGUCCAGCAGAAAGCCAGGGACAAGAUGCACGGCUUCAAAGGUGUAAAGGCAGUGAAAAAGGCACAGGAAGCAAACCAUCAGGGACGUUCUCCCAGAACCCUGAGCAGACCUGCCAGCUUGAGCAUAGAGGCAGCAGUAAGCGUCGAGUGAAUGAUGAAGGUCUAAUCAAAGCUGACAACAAAAAGAGCAGGGUAGACGCAGAGAGUGCUGGUGACAAAUGUAAACGUAAAGAGGCCAUUAAAGCAAAUACUCCACAAGACAAACCAAAGGCAGCUGAUUCCACUGGUACAGAGAGUGAUAAUCAAGCAGAGGCAUCUAUAGAAGAUUUGGUGACUGUAAUUGGUGAUGGUCCUGCUCCUCCAGCGCCGUUUGAUCACCGGAUUGUCUCAGCAAAAAAGGCAGUGGUCAACAGUUAUUAUGAAGUCAACCGGAACGAAGUUCUGGGAGGAGGGCGAUUUGGUCAGGUGCACAAAUGUGAAGAAAAAGCAACAGGUCUCAAGUUAGCAGCAAAAAUUAUAAAAGCCAGAGGUGCUAAAGAAAAGGAAGAAGUAAAGAAUGAAAUCAAUGUCAUGAACCAGUUGAACCACACAAACCUUAUCCAGCUGUAUGAUGCCUUUGAAUCCAAAAAUGACAUUGUUCUGGUCAUGGAAUAUGUGGAUGGAGGAGAAUUAUUUGACCGAAUUAUUGAUGAUAACUACAGUUUGACAGAGAUGGAUACCAUCUUGUUCACAAAACAGAUCUGUCAAGGGAUUCAAUACAUGCAUCAGAUGUACAUUCUUCAUUUAGACCUGAAGCCCGAGAAUAUCCUGUGUGUGAAUCGAGCUGCUUAUCAAAUAAAAAUUAUUGAUUUUGGAUUGGCAAGAAGAUAUAAACCCAGAGAAAAACUUAAAGUGAACUUUGGCACUCCGGAAUUCCUCGCUCCUGAAGUUGUGAACUAUGACUUUGUCUCCUUUCCCACGGACAUGUGGAGUGUAGGAGUCAUUGCCUACAUGCUGCUCAGUGGAUUGUCUCCUUUUCUGGGUGACGAUGACAAUGAGACUCUCAACAAUAUCCUGGCUUGUAGCUGGGAUUUCGAAAAUGAGGAAUUUCAAGAUGUUUCUGAAGAAGCCAAAGACUUCCUCUCAAAGCUUCUAAUCAAGGAAAAAAGCUGGAGAAUGAGUGCAACUUCAGCCUUAAAACAUCCUUGGUUAUCAGACCAUAAACUCCAUUGCGGACUACACAAGCAGAGGAAGUCUAAGUGCCACUCAGAGUCUCAAGCACCCGUGGCUCAAUGACCUUUCCAAGAAAGCUGCCAAAUGGAAGAAAAGCUGCUGUGUUGUUACUGCUGGUAAGAGAUUUGGAGAUAUCAGCAGUUCUGGUGCUUUGACCUUGUGAUGACUUGAGGCUUUUACUAAGUGGACCAACACCACUUUAGCUGCAGGAAAAGUCCCAGCAUUACUGAGCUACUUUUUCUUGCUUCAGCUUUCAAAAGAGGAAAACAACUACAGUUCACAGAAAGGUGUCUCUGCCAGAACACCAUGUAAUUCGUGUCUGAGAUUGCUAUGCUAGUUUGAGUUCAGAAUAUUAUCUGUCUUGUCUUUGUUUUCUUGAUUUAGCUAGUGAGAGAUCUUUGGGGUUUAAAUAGCAUUGACUCUUUCUCAUCUCAGCCCAGCAAGCAGACGAUCUCUGCAUUACAACGGUAAUUGGAGUUCUAUUUGAGAUUGAAACCUCAAAUUGCUUUUAAAAAACAGCUGGCUGCACAUUUAAAACUGAUUAUUCUCUGACAGUGGAGCCAACAAGGACUAACCCCACUAAAGUUAAAGAAGCUAUGCCAAUGUAUUAACAUUCUCAUAGACAAGCUGUCAGUGUACGUAGGAUGCCUUUAGACUAGAAUAUGCUGCAUACAGGACUGCCUUUGGUGUUUCCUAGCAUAUCACAUUGGUACUGUUUUAAAUUCAGUUGGGUUAAUAACAUACAAGAGGAUAUUUUGUUAUUAGGACACCCAGAUUCUCAUCUCUAGUGUAAAUGGGGGGAGGGAUAGCUCAGUGGUUUGAGCAUUGGCCUGCUAAACCCAGGGUUGUGAGUUCAAUUCUUGAGGGGGCUGUUUAGGGAUCUGGGGCAAAAAUCUGUUUGGGGAUUGGUCCUGCUUUGAGCAGGGGGUUGGACUAGAUGACCUCCUGAGGUCCCUUCCAACCCUGAUAUUCUAUCUAUUCUAUGCAGAAUUAAGCCCUGACUUGAGUAGAGAACAACUUCAAAUCAGUUACUUUGGAUUUAUGCCAAUAAAUGGCUAACUCCAUUGACAACGAUGGAAUUACACUGAUGCAAAACUAGUUUGUGAGAGGAGUAUCAACCCCCUAAUCCUCACAACCCAGAGUGUCCUGUUUGCUUCUAGGAAAUGGCUUAUUUAAAAGCUCUAAAAAAAAAAUCAAAAUAUUUUCUAUUGCUUCUCCGGAUUCCAAGCUGUUUUGAUACAUGGCUAGAAGAGGGGACUGGGAGUCAGGCUACCUGUACUCUAUUCCCAACACUGUGUGACCAUGGCUAGUCACCUAAACAGCCUGAAUCUCAGUUGUCCCAUCUGUAAAAUGGAGAUAAUGAUUUAUUUUUGCAUAGUGCUUUUUGUAUUAAAGACUAGAUAAAUCCAAAGUAUCAUUAUUAUUUUACUUUACUAUG